AUAUCCCUGCCCAUUCCUUCUUUGCUCCCAACCUGAACCCCCCCCCUCCUCUCUCUCUCAUGGAGUUCUUGCUAGUGUUAACCACAAUUCUGCUCCUCUACUCCCUCUUCCUCCUUUUAAAACUCGCGGACAAAGUUAGGAACCAGGGAUGCUACCUCAUUGACUACGUCUGCUUCAAACCAUCCGAUGACCGGAAGCUGCCGACCGAACUCUGCGGCGAGAUCAUCCAAAGGAACAAAUCGCUAGGCCUCGACGAGUACAAGUUCCUCCUCAAGGUCAUCGUCAGCUCCGGCAUCGGCGAGGCCACCUACGGCCCGCGAAACAUCAUCCUCGGCCAUGAGUCCUCCCCCAACCUCUGCUCCGACGGUAUCAUCGAGAUGGACGAGUGCUUCCACGCCUCCCUCGACGCCCUCUUCCGAAGGUCGUCUAUCCCCCCCUCGGCCGUCGACGUGCUCGUGGUCAACGUCUCCAUGUUCUCGCCUGCCCCGUCUCUAUCAGCGAGGAUCGUCCACCGUUACGGCAUGAGGGAAGACGUCGUCACCUACAACCUCUCCGGCAUGGGGUGCAGCGCGAGCCUCAUAGCGAUCGAUCUCGUCAGGAAUAUGUUCAGAUGCCACGAGAAGAAGCUCGCACUGGUCGUGACGUCGGAGUCCAUCGCACCCAACUGGUACUCCGGGAACAAGAGAUCGUUCAUGCUCGGCAACUGCCUCUUCCGCUCGGGCGGUUGCUCUUUCCUUCUGUCGAACGACCCGAAGCUGCGGCACCGCGCCAAGCUGCAGCUGAAGCACCUCGUUCGCACCCACAUCGGCGCCAACGACGACGCAUACAGCUGCGCGGUCCAGAAGGAGGAUGAAGACGGGCGCCUGGGCUUCCAUUUAGGGAAGGAACUGCCCAAGGCGGCCGCCCGGGCCCUCUUCGAGAACCUCCGGGAGCUGGCUCCGAGAGUGCUGCCAGUCUGGGAGCUCCUACGGUAUCUCGCGGUGAGACUGGCGAGGAGGGGGAAGGAGCCGAAAAGCGGCGGCGGCGGCGGCGGCGGCGUGAGGAUGAAAACGGGAAUCGAACACUUCUGUCUACAUACCGGGGGAGCUGCGGUGAUAGACGGAGUGGGACGGAGUCUCGGCCUCGGGGAAUUCGAGCUCGAGCCGGCGAGGAUGACACUGCACCGCUUCGGAAACACGUCGGCGAGCAGUGUUUGGUACGUUAUGGGCUACAUGGAGGCCAAGGGGAGGCUGAAGAAGGGGGAGAGGGUGCUGAUGAUCACCUUUGGAGCUGGUUUCAAGUGCAACAGCUGCGUUUGGGUGGUGCAGGGGGGCCUGGGGGAUGCUGGAGUUUGGGAGGACUGCAUUAAAGAGUACCCCCCAAAAGACCUAUCAAACCCUUUCAUGGAGAAGUACGGGUGGGUGAAAGAUUUGAAGAGGCUCUGAUGAGAAUGACUUUCAGGGGCUUUUCUUAUUGGUUGCCGUGAAGUCUGAUAGCUCCGCGCGCGAGGCUGUGCUUGUUUGUCUCUUCAUGCAUUAAUAAGGGGAGCUUUCGAGGGGUCGUCUUCCUCUCAUUUUAGCUAGCUUCCACUGGCCCAUUAAUGGCACAUGGCAGCUGGGAGAGUUCGUAAGGUGCUCCCCAUGAACCGUAACACAGGAGCUGUAGCAAUGGAUGCAUGUUAUCUGAAAGUUAAUCUAUCCGCAAGUAGCAACGUGUCCUAUAAUAAUUUUUAGUGGAUCAUUAAAUGAUAAAUAUCGCAAAAAUGGCUUCUUGGCUAUUGGAGUUAAAGCGUUCAAAAUAGUGAUUGCCAGCUAUAAGUGUGACAAGCAAUGAUGAUAUGACGCAUUUAGCAUCCAAAGUCUUCCAUGUUUGGGAUGAAGGGUCUUAUAUAUGUUCUUGUAUAGCAUAAUUCCUCAGGUUCAAAAAUUAUUUGUGUUAUUGAAUAUAACUCGUGUGGGCACCUUGACGUUGUUA